CCUCGACCAUGCGGAAAAUCGGCAGUUUAUGCGGAAAUUUUCAUUCAUGUCUUGUUUAACAAACUUGGCAUCCACGAGUCAGCCAAUGAAAAAAAAUCAACGUCACCCGAUAUCCACCGCUUUUAAUAAUUUUCAUCAUCAGCAUUUGUUAAGAUGACAGCUGUCAGAUAGCAGACAAUUUUACACGUGAUAAAAGAACACGACCAUCCUUUUAGUGCCCCGUAUGCGAAGGUUGAGGCAGGUUGAGGACUUAUGUAAAUAGAAUGAUGUCUAUCAAAACGAACGACGGUUGCGAGCAUAAGGGGUAUGUGUACACCGUGGAUCCGGUGUCAGAAAGCAUCGUCCUGAUUAAUCCGAAUGACAAGGAAUUGAAAGUGAAAAUAGUGAUGGGACAUGCAAUUACAGGCUUGGAGUUCAAUCAGGGGGCCGAAGCUAUUCUACCAGAUUUAUUCUUAUCACAGGGUGCAGAGCUAUCGGAAUCAGUAAUUUUACUAAGGAAAAAUGCAAUUAGAGAAUUGCUCUUAGAAAACCGUUUCCCUGUCACAGAAUUUGAUAAUGUUUUAAAUAUUCAAGGAAUGGUUUCCAUAGAGCCACCCUAUGGUUUAGAACAUUGUAUCAGCUCAAAUGAAAUAGUCUUACUUCGAGUACAGGAGCUAAUUUCUAGCAUAGUCAUAUAAUUAUUGCGCAAAUUGAAAAUCUAUGUGCAAAGAUUUUAAUACCUGGAAACUUAAUUAAAAAAAUUGAUGAAGUUUGAUGAAAAUUCGGAAAAUUUUGGUAUAACAACAUCAGCAUUUAUUCCAAUAAUUACAAUUAAAUGAUUAAAAGUUUUUCACUGAAAUUACAAUAUUUCAAGGCAUUCUUAUAUAAAUAUUUCCCUCAUCGUUAUUAUACACAAUGAUAUUCUCUAUUACUAUAUAAUACAAUAUUUUGCAACAUAUUUUAUAAGAAAUUUUAUUUCGCUUCUUAUGUUAUUUCACUUUUUCAAUUUUUUUGUUAAAAAUUUAAUACCCCAAUCUUUCAUGUAUCUUACGAUUUGAAUAUUUCAUAAAUGCAUCACAGGGCAUGGAUUGGUGUCAAAUUCCACUGUGAGUGGAUAGAAUUUUUAGAAUACUAUUCUACCGGAUAAGUAAUGGAUACUUGAGCUACCAAUCGCUGAAAUAAAUAUAACUUUCCACCAA